UAAUGUAACUUUGUUUAUGUAAUUGCUCUGGCAUAGCCGACGGAGGGCGAAGGCUAAGUACGAUUGCCGUGUAACUUGAGUCACCGCCUGUAACGAUGAUCGAAAAAAGCCUCGAUGAAACCAUGGACAUUCGAGCCAAACCAGAGAAGAAUAAGCGCAAACCCUCAACAAACGCUGCACACUGCGCUCACAAGAGUCACAACGAUCACCGGAAGAAGAGGCGGAGAUUAGCAUCCUGUUCAGAAACCACAAUCCCAACAUCUACCGAGCCUCAAAAGCUUGCCGAAUCGAAUAGCUUCGAGUCAAUUCGUUCUCCCCCUCGAACUUCACGAAAGCACAAGAAGAGGAGAUCAAGUCAAACGGACGGUCAUCGUCGAUGGGUGUACUCUGCUCGUGAUUGCUCGAGAUUUAUAGAUAGGAUUAUGGUAGCUUCAUAUAAUAUACUAGGAGUGGAAAAUGCAUUGAAGCAUCCAGAUUUGUAUCAUAGAGUGCCUUCCAAAUUCUUGGAUUGGAGUUUCCGGAAAGAGCUUAUAUGCAAUGCAAUUAAAUUUUACAAUGCAGGCAUCUUAUGCUUGCAGGAGGUUGACCGUUUUAAUGAUUUAGAUGAACUCUUCCAAAAUUAUGGCUACAAAGGUGUUUACAAGGCUAGAACAGGUGAAGCAAAUGAUGGCUGUGCAAUAUUUUGGAUUGACAAACAAUUUUCCCUUUUGCAUCAAGAAACUAUAGAGUUCCAGAGUUGUGGGCUACGGAACAAUGUUGCUCAACUAUGUGUUUUGAAGAUGAAUAAACCAGAAUCAAAGUCCAAAACAAGCCGAAGCUUUGUGAUUGGGAAUAUACACGUUCUUUUCAACCCAAAUCGUGGAGACAUUAAGCUCGGGCAGGUCAGACUAUUUCUUGAAAAAGCUCAUAAUCUCUCUCAAAGAUGGGGAAACAUACCUGUUAUUAUUGCUGGGGAUCUGAAUAGCAUUCCAAAGAGUGCAAUGUAUCAGUUUUUGGCUUCAUCAGAGCUGGAUAUACAACUGCAUGAUCGCAGAAAGAUUUCAGGGCAGCUUGAUUUUUCAUCAUCACAUAGAACCCUCAGAUUUUGUAGUGAGGGUACAAAAUGGUCCAAUGUUUCAGCCUCAAGGUCCUUCAGAUGGAGUGAUGAGGAAAUAAGGAUUGCAUCUGGUAGUGAGAAUGUUACCCAUCUUCAGCACCAUUUAAAGCUUUCCAGUGCGUACUAUGGAGUUCCUGGAAGUUGUAAAACAAGAGAUGCUAAUGGAGAACCUUUAGCAACUUCAUUCCACUCCAAGUUCAUGGGAACUGUUGAUUAUAUAUGGCACUCGGAAAAACUUGCCCCUGUUAGGGUUUUGGAAACAUUGCCUGUUGAUGCAUUAAAGAGGACUGGAGGUCUUCCAAAUGAGAAAUGGGGGAGUGAUCAUCUUGCUCUUGUGUGUGAACUGGCCUUUGAUGACAAUGAAAAUGUGACUUGACUGACUCUUUAAUCUCACCAGACUGAAUCAUCUCCUUAAUUUUUAGUUGAAUGGAGGUUGGUUGUUUUCUUCACCCUUUGCAUGUAGAAUUUGAGUACUUGAAUAGAUCAGUUGUAUAAUUCUGGGGGAGCAUGUUUGUAGCUGCUGUUUUUUUGGCAGGCAAUGGUAAAAGACAGUAAGAGUACUGGGAAAAAUGCAGGAGCUGGCAUUGCCUGUUUAGCUGUUAUUAAGUCAUUUCCAACUUUAUGGUGAAGGUGCAAUGCUUCUUAAAAACAAAUUAAGUUAUGAAAGAUUCGGUUCGCCUAAUCUUGCGUUAGUCUGUCCCUAACUUGUAGCCCCACAUGUCUAUGUUAGCUGUAUCUAUUAUUAGGAAUAAGGAUAAAAGGUUCAAUUUCGAUGUACCAAUUUUCACUCUUUAAUUUUAAUUUCUUCUAGUUAGACCUCAGAUUUAGGUAAAGGUUGUGAUUUCUAUGCU